GACAAUCGAACCUCUUUUCUAAUACUGAUCACUCUUCACAUCCAUUCUCAAUACAUUAUUGUGGAGGGAGGGAAACCUUUCCUCACCAGGAAGGAGAGUGAAAACAGGCAGAAAACACCAAGUUUGCUACACUCUAGGGAGCUGCCAGAUUGCACAACCUGGGAAAUUAGAUGGAGCCUGACAUUCUGGAUUCCGUGUUCACUCUGGCCAAGGGGAAUUUCCCAAAUCCCAGUGUUUUGCUUCAAACAUGUCUCCCCCUCCCUUCCCCUAGCAAAGCGUCAGUAUAUAUAGCACGGGCUCCGGGCCACAGGGAGCUCGGCCUCACCAGAGCCUCUGUGGGAAGCGACAGCCGAAGGAUGAAGCUUUUCCUGGGCGUCCUCUUGUGCUCCCUGGUCCUGGGCGUCAGCAGCCAAGGAUGGUUAACCUUCCUCAAGGAAGCUGGUCAAGGGGCUAGAGACAUGAUGAGAGCCUACUCUGACAUGAGAGAAGCCAAUUACAAAAAUUCAGACAAAUACUUCCACGCCCGGGGAAACUAUGACGCUGCACGAAGGGGCCCUGGGGGUGCCUGGGCUGCUAAAGUCAUCAGCGAUGCCAGAGAGAAUUCUCAGAGAGUCACAGACCUUUUCAAGUAUGGAGACAGCGGCCACGGAGUGGAGGACUCGAAGGCUGACCAGGCUGCCAAUGAAUGGGGCCGCAGUGGCAACGACCCCAACCACUUCCGACCCCCUGGCCUGCCUGACAAGUACUGAGCUUCCCCUUGGCUCUGCCCUGGGGAGACGGGCAGGAGCCCUCUGAAGGCCGGAACAGUUGCUGAGUUAGAGUUACUGAAUUCUAUAUCCUUCCCUCUCAAUACUUUAUGAAGAGCAUAUAAAAAUGUUUAAUAAAUGCUUGUGAAUUCAAUUUAUCAUUGCCAUCUGGAAACAGCAAAUGACAACCUUCCUGGGUACUUUUAAUACCAGGGUCAGGAUCAACUUACCUUAUCAUCUUUCUUCAAAGGAGAUAAGUCACCAAUAAAGAAUAAUACUGAUUUGGGGUAAAGGUGUUAUGUCCAUAAUAGGGACCAUAGUAUAUAGACCCUAUAUGGACCAUACAUGUCAGUCCCUAGGACAGAGAGAGAUCCAAACCCUAGUUCUCAACAGGAUAGUGCUUCAGCCACCUCCAUCCCCACCCCAGCUUUUGGAUCUAUCUGGUGAUACUUUUGGUUGACAUGGUGAUUGCAGGACGUUUGGUGGGUGGACCAGAGGUACAGACAGCUUACAAUUUAUGAGACAGUGCAGCAAACAAAAGGUUAUCCUAAAUCUUGCUUGACUUUUGCUGUGUCCUAUCAGACGUAUAGUUAGGCAGUAUCAGAUUGACUGCAAAAAUGAAUGAAGUUUAAGCUUCAAGGACUCCUCACUUAUAUGGGACCAUUCCAAGAUCCUUGGAGAGGCCCUGGGAAAGGAUUAACAUGGUCAAUUAUCUUUAUAAAAUCUGCAGAAGUAAAAUACUUUAAUUAAGGCUGUUAGCACCUCUGACUGUUCAUGGCAACAUUCUGCCAUCACUUUUCUGCUUGUGUUGAGUGGCAUGGGGAUGGGCACAGGCAUUCUGGAGAUCUGACUAAGGAGAAGUCGAAUUGGGGGUAUAAAUGGUUUGCACUUAGUGGGACAUAUUUGUGUGGUUUUCAGUCACUUCCAGGUGAAAUUAAGUUAUUGAUCACUAUCCCAGAGUAGGAAUGGCCUCUAGGUAUGAAUUCUCCCACCAUCUACUGUGGUUCCUUCUGGUGCAGAGAGCAGAGAUCAUAUGGUAAAAGGAACAUGUCCUGUACAGUCCAGCACAGAGUAUGUGGGUAGUUGGGAAGAAACAAUGCUGAAAUGUAUAGUCAAGCAUGAAUCUAUGGAGAAUUGUAAGAUCACAUGUGGAAGAUUUUUAUUUUGAUAGAAUCCUAGUCAAAAUGGAAGUUCUCCCCCAGAAAGAGUUUUUCCAAAUCUGACAGUCGUCAAACUUCAUAGAAUAUUACCAAUAACAAGUUGUGAAGUUGAAAGAAACUUUCCUAAACCACCAAUAAUAAUUUAAAAAAAAUUAAACAACCAUGCUAGAGUAGUAGAAUUAUCCUUUUAUUUUUCAUUCUAGAAAAUGAUCUUACAAGGUCAUUUUCGUAAAAGGAAGAUCAAAGUGAACUUAGAAAAAAUUCUAUUAAAAAAUUAAAAUUAUAUUAAAAACACUAUAUUAAAACAGAGGAUUUUUAGGGCAGUGAAAGUACUCUGCAUGAUGCAAUAAUGGUGGAUGUAUGUCAUAAAUUUGCCCAAACCUACAGAAUGUGCAACACCAAGAGAGAACCCCAACCUAACCUCUGGUGAUAAUAAUGUGUUAAUGUAGGUUCAUCUCUUGUAUCGAAUAUUCCACUCUGGUAGGGGACGCUAAUAACGGGGGAGGCUUUGCACGGGGCAGGUAUAAGUUAUAUGGGAAAUUCUGUACCUUCUGCUCAAUAUUGCUGUGAACCUAGAAUUGCUCUAAAAAUAAAUUCUAUUGG